UUAAAAACAUUAAAGCUUGAAUAUAAAGAGGAAAGACUCCAGCGCUGCUCUGCUCUGUGCCGUAUAAUCUACUGUGACUCUGUUCAGAUUUGAAGCCAAUCAGCACAGUGCCAUGUAGAGUUAAGAUAAUUACAUGCUGGAGGAACACUUCACUGUCCUGUACAAUGUGAUUUAUGCUCAAGUCUACAUUUGUUGUCUGUCGCUGCUUGGUUGCUGCCAGAAAACCUACAAAUAUCGUAAAGAAACUGUGAUUGGAUAUUCAAACAUUUUAUUCAGACAUUGAACACAGCAGACCAUUUUAGAUCAUUUCACUUCCAGGAUUCUUUAAAGAUCUUGGGUGGUAAUGUUUUUAUACAGUAAUCAUUUCCUGCACUACGCGCGCUUUAGGGCUGUAUGUCUGCUGUAUACUGUAUGUGUUACUAUUAUACUUGUAGUUUGAUAUAGUCCAAUAAAAACAAAACAAAGUGAAAGCAUACAUUUUGAAUCGAGGUUAGUCCUGUAUAGCUUUUCUUUGAGUUAAAAAACAAACUUUAAAUUGCAUUUUCAGGCCUCCCUGAAAACUCGACAUCAGAUUCUUGCGCACGUCUUAUUGUGGUUAAUAUUGUCACAGUGAGAGUCUCGAGUUCAGGCACUGAAAGCAGCAACCAAGCCAGUGACAUCCCACCUGCAAUGACUGACCUAAAAUGAGGAAUUGAAAUCAUUUAAUACUGAAUUUAAAAAAAAAAAAAAAUUCCAAAUGAAUCUUUACGUUCACUGUUAAUGAUUCCAAUCACCCCAUUUUUGUUCACUCAUUCGAUCUCCCCCUCCCCUUUCUUUCACUUCUCUUUCACCAUUUUCACUGUUUCUUUGUCUGAUUCUGUUGUAGAAACAUGUCAUUCAGGUUUACCAAAAGAGUCUCCACCGAGUUUGAGAGAAACGGGAGACUUGAGGGCUCAAGUCGCCAUGUACCUGGGGAUCAAAAAGGGGAAAAUAAAGACAGUAAACCCCGCUCCCUCAGAUUCACUUGGAGUAUGAGGACCACCAGCUCCAUGGAGCCCUGUGAUAUCAUGCGGGAGAUUCGCAAGGUGCUCGACGCCAACAACUGCGACUACGAACAGCAAGAGAGUUUCCUGCUUCUUUGCGUCCAUGGAGACGGGCGAGCUGAAAACCUGGUGCAGUGGGAGAUGGAGGUUUGCAAGCUUCCCCGUCUCUCCCUCAAUGGCGUCAGGUUCAAAAGGAUAUCCGGCUCAUCCAUCGCUUUCAAAAACAUUGCUUCCAAAGUUGCCAAUGAGUUAAAGCUAUGAACAAAAUGGUUUAAAGUAUACAUAUAUAUAUAUCUAGAAGUAUUUAAGCUGUACAAUCAUCCAAGUAGCAGUUUCCAAAUGUCUCCUUUUUCUAAACAAAACACAGAGUAUGUAUUGAAUAUUAUAAUGUAUAGAUUAAGGCUUUUGGCAAUAAUCACCGAAUUACCUACUAAUAUCUCAGUCUGUUCUGACCGCACAGGGUCGACAUUAAUGAGUUGAAUAUGAUUUGUCAUGCUGUGAAUGUGGACGAAAAAGCAUUUCUGGUCUUAUUUAUUUCACCUUUAUUUUUCUCUCUCCUGGAAAAAGGAAAAUGACGUAGCGUUCUGUUUUCAGUGUAAAUAAUGUAUCUUACUUUGAAGAUGGCUUCUCUGCAAUACUCAUUUUGUUUUGUUUUUUCUUCUCCUUUUGUAUUUUGUUAAAAAGUAGAGAUGGGGAGUCCAUGUAAAUGCCCACAUGGUUAAGGGUCACUCAUGUCUCAAUUAAAGUGUCUGUCAACCUAAAGCUCGAGUCUGAUCAGUGUUGGGCUUUUGUUUCCAGCUUCAUCUAAAUUACAUUUGAUGUCAGUGCAUGUUGGGACGUCUGCUUGUUUAGUCAUUCAGGUCUCCUAAACAAACUUUCCCUCAAAGGUUUAAAAA